AUGAAGAGGAUCAUCAUACAUGGAAUGAGGCCAGAAGAUAUAAGCUUCGUUAUGGUUGUAAAAGGAUGGCAUGUUCAACCAUCACUUGUAGAGUUUGAGGAUUUGCUGGCCAACCAAGAAGCUAUGGCUAAGAAAAUGGGAGACAUCAUGCUGAAGAGUGAAGAGGAGGCGCUUUACAUGAGUAAAAACUGGAGGAAUUUCAAGCCACCUACUAAAGAAGGAUACGAAAUUAUUGACAAAGGGAAGAGAUGGCAAGGAACCUCACAACCAUGUAGAUCUCAAAAGACUGAAAAUAAGAUUUCUCGGUGGAGGAGGUUCGAAGUUACUUCUAAAAAGGAAAUAGAGGAUGAAUGGGAUGCUAAGGCAUUAUGUGUCAUAGAAGAAAAUGAGUUGAAAUUGAUGGAAAUGAUAGGAGAGUGUGUCAACUAUGAAAGUAACUGGAUUAUUGAUUCAAGAUGCUCCACCCACAUGACUGGUGAUCAUAAAAAACUACAAGACAUGAAGGGGUACAAAGGAAGCCACAUGGUACUUAUAUCCAACAAUGCACAACUUCUAAUUGAUGAGGUCGGUAACACGAAGAUCAUGCCUAGUAAUAAACUCGAGAUGGUAUCAUUACAUAAUGUAUACCAUGUUUUGGGUAUGAAGAAGAAAUUAUUGUUAGUAUCGCAACUAACAUCGUCAGUUAACUAUGUCUUGUUUGGCCCACAAGAUGUGCAGGUAUAUUGA